AUGGACUCCUUACUGAAAUUGCAAACUCAAGUCAUUAAAGGCAAUACCACAACAGGUGAGAAUAGUAAUGGUGAGGAUACCAAACAGACAAAACGUACUGUUUCUAUUCCAGUUUCUCGUCUAGCAGAUGCGAAGAAAAACGCCGCUACAGUUCCAUCUAUAUAUCCAGAAGAAGGAAAAGGAAAAGGAGAAGGAGAAGAAGGUGGGAUGUUAACAGUGAGGAGAUUGGAUUCUUCCCAUCGGAAGACAACACCAGGAGGAGAAAAAGAAAAAGGAGUAAUCACAACUGUAACUACAAAAACUACAAAAACGACAAUACGAUCAACACAGCAGAAUUACGCGGCGGGUACUUUUAUAAAUGAAGAGAAAACUAUGUGGCAACUUUCUACUUUACAAUAUUCUGCCGCAUCUCCUGCAGUUGCAAAGGCUGCUAGUGUAGAGGAAAGUAAUAAUAAAGGAUCUUUAUCUUAUCCAGGUGGUGCUGUUCUUCCUGCACUAAUGUCCAAACUCUCAGAUGUUGAACGGCUUCUCUACACUAUGCUUCCACCCAAACAAACUGUUAAUAAAGAAACAGGAGAAACAAUUAUGCAAUUUGUCUCUGUGGAACCCUCUUCUCGUGUGGAGGUGGCGGAAUUACAUCAACGAUUGAUUCAACGAUUACAAGAACGUGCCGCUCGAAACAGUGGAAUAUGUCCAAUUAGACGAGAAAUAUAUGCAGAGGUGUUUGAUGAAUUAAUUAGAGAAAUAACACUUGAAGAACCUGUACGAGGUAUUUUACUCUUACGUGUUCGUGAUGAACUUUAUCAAAGUUUAGCGGCCCAUCGUUCUCUUUCAGAACGGGCGAUGUAUUAUGCCUCUAAACAACGAGUAGAAGCCCUGAAAGGUAUGGAUGAACUUCGUCAACGGAUUACACAAUUGGAAAAGGAAAAGGCGGAAUUAAUUGUAAAGCGAAAAACAGCUUCUUUACGAGAAGAACAAUUACGACGUGCUAUUGAAGAAGAAAAUAUUGCACGGAAUAAAGCUUGGCAGGAUGAAUUGGGUUACUACAGACGGUCUAACAGACAAUUAUCUCAACGUAUCAAGGAGGAAACAGAACGGGCUAAUGCACAAGGAGUUGCAGUAACGAAUGUGGCACGAGAAGUUAUUGAUACUGGUGAACCCACGGCAACAACGGCAUCGUAG